AUGAACCUCUCAUACUUGGUGAUUGCUCCAAAAGUGGUGAGACCUGGCAGUGUAUAUGGAGUAGCAGUUGCUUUAACCAGACAAAUGGUAUCUAUGUCUCUGAGAGCAUCGCUUCUCAAGGAUGGCACAGAACUUUAUCAAGCUUCAGAGGAAAUCAAUCCUGGAAGACAAGUUCAACUGCUUUUGAAGGUCCCAUUCACCAGUGUUGCUGGUUCAUACAGGCUGCGAGUGGAAGGAAAUGUACAUGGCACUACUGGAGGGACAGUCUUUGUUAAUGAAACUGCCCUGGAAUUUUCUCCUCGAUUCCUUACCAUUCUCAUUCAAACAAAUAGACCUGUAUACAAUGGAGGUCAAAUAGUGCGAUUCAGAGUUGUCUUGCUGACGAUGAGUUUGAAGCCAUUUGAUGAUCCAGUUGAUAUAUAUGUUCUGGAUCCCAAUGGAUUCAUUCUGAGAAGAUGGCCAUCAAGACAGACAAGCAAUGGUGUCCUGAGUCUAAGAUUCCAGCUUCCUGAGUAUCCAGCUGUUGGUGACUGGGUAAUUCAAGCUGUAGCAAAUGGUCAAGUUGAGCAGAAGAAUAUUACUGUGGAGAAGUACUUCCAGCGACGAUUUGAGGUGGCUGUUGAACUACCCACAUUUUUCCUGACAACAGAUGAGUAUGUGACUGGGAAAGUUCUCUCAAACUAUACAAAUUUCCGUGAAGCUCCUGGCAAUCUGACCCUGAGAGUCUAUAGUAGAGACACCUUAAGAACAGGUUAUCACCACUUCAAACUCCCCAUGUCUGAUCUGAGUUGGCGUAUUUCUCGUUUGGAUGGUGCAGAAAUCCGUGUUGAAGCUACAGUUGGAGAACAUUUCCUUCAAAUGAUUGAACAAGGAUUUUCCACAGCAAGGAUUAUUAACUCUUCAAUUGCUCUUCGGUUCUUGGGGAAGUCUCCCUUCAUUUUCAAGCCUGGCAUGCCCAUCCUCCUUCAUUCUGCAGAGACUGACAUCCUUGGCUUCCCAUCUCAUGCCAUGCGAAAUCAAUACAUACAUAUCUUCUCCAGCACACAAUUGGGCAACAUUGGAGAGUUUGCCAUCUUCCAUGUCAGGAGCAAUUUCUACAUGGAGUCAUUCCACUAUCUUGUGUUCUCAAAAGACAUCUUGUUGUAUGCAGCAACAGAAACAAUAAGGGAUGUUAGCAUCCCAUCAGUGGCCACCUUAAGCAUUCCCAUCAGCUCAGAGAUGGCACCUACAUUCACUGUGGUUGUUUAUCAUAUGGCUGUGUCAGGUGAAGUCUUGGCAGAUAGUGUAAUGCUCCCUGUGAAUGCCUUGAAUCGCCAGAAUGUCCUGUUACAAGUCAAUCAAGCCAAAGACCACAGCGGCAGAACAGUAGAACUCAUCUUACAGGGUGAAAUCGGAGCACACUUCUGUGUCUCUGGCCUGCGAGAAGGCUCUUAUUCUCUUCAAAGUGGACAUGAGUUGUCUGCAUCCUCCAUCCUUCAAGAGUUGAGCUCUUUUGAUGAACGGAAUCGAACAGUACAAAGAGCAGUGUUUCGAUUCCGCAAUGGACAGUCAGAUGAAAGCAUUCUGCUUCCUACUCCCAAUUAUGGUCCUGAUGCAAACCGCACAUUUGCCUUGUCUCGGCUUGUUGUCCUCUCAGAUCACCCCCUUCCCUCAUUACUUGAUCCAAAUCGAAACUUCUGCAACGAGAGCUUAGGAUAUCUUCAGUGCCUGAUGGGUCCUUGCUACCUGUACAUUCAGAAAUGUGAUGGCCACUUUGACUGCCCAGAUCGAUCUGAUGAAGCUGACUGUGAUGACUUUAUGGAUGACCUGCGAGAUUUCCGCCUUCAAAGAAAUAAUAGACUGUGGAGAUUCUAUGAUGCUGAGUAUGGUGAUUGGGCCUGGACAGAAGUGAAGAGUGUGGGGAAUGAAAUCUUUCCAGUCCAAGUACCUAAGAGACCUGAGGUGUGGAUGAUGAGUGUCUUUGCUGUGGGAAAGGAGAAAGGAUUGAGCAUCAUGCAACAUCCAAUUCGAUUUCAUGGUACAACUCCUUUCCUGAUCACUGCUGAAGCCCCAAAAGUAUGUCGACAAGGAGAACAAGUUGGGAUUCGAGUAGCUGUUUUCAAUCAUCUUCUAAUUGAAACAGAGGCCCUUGUCACACUGCACCAUUCUUUCAAGUACAAAUUUGUACAUGUUGAAAAAGGUGGAGUAAUUCCUCCCCAAACUAGUAUGGACAUAUACUUCCCUAUUGUUCCAACAGUGAAGGAAGAAAUUCAAGUCUUCAUCAGUGGUAUUACCCAGGUUGGACAAGACACAGAGACUGUUAACAUCACAGUUUUGGCUGAGGGAUGCCCCAGCAGGAACCACACUUCUGUUAUGUUGGACUUGAAGAAUCGAGCCACAGUGUUCCAGUUCCUGGACAUUGUUGUGGAAGAAUCACCAUUAAUAAAAUAUCAGAACUGGAGACGCUACAUAUAUGGCACUCCCAAGGCAACAAUCUCCAUUUUUGGUGAUGUUGUUGCCCCAGCAUUCCCACAAAUUCCAAUGAAUGUAGAAGCUGCAUUCCCAAUCUAUCAUUGGCUGAGUGCUGAUUCCUCUGUCUACGAUUUUGGCUCAAAUCUCUGGACCCUUCAUUACCUUCGUCUCACCAAUCAAUUGAAGUUAUCUACAUCAAAGAAAGUUUUCGAGUUCAUGAGUGUUUACUAUGCUGCCAUCAUGAACUAUCGAAACCACAAUGGAUCAUUUAGCAUGUUAACUUCCCACAUUGUGCAGACAUUGUAUGCAGGAGUAUUCCAAGAUUGGGAAAAUUUCUUGUACAUUGAUCCAGAAGUUAUUUCUUCAGCUGUUGAAUGGCUUUUGGAUCACCAGACUCUAGAUGGCUCUUUUCAUGAAACCCCUGAAUAUGAAACACCUCUUGAUUUGAACAUGGUGCCUGGGCGAUGGAACCAGAACAUAUCACUCACUGCUCAUGUCCUCAUCACACUGGCACAGACAUUGGAAGCUCUUCCUGGGGAAGUGAGAGGACGUGCAGCCAAUGGGAAACGACAGGCUACUCAUUACCUCGAGUUGCAUUUAUCCUCUGUGCAUGACACAUAUGAAUUGGCCAUCUUGACUUAUGCACUCUCCAUUGCCAACAGUGGGGAAAAGGAGUUGGCUUUCAGGAAAUUGGAUGCCAUAAAAAUAGAACAAGAUGGGCUCAUUUACUGGGCCAGUGAACCUAUCUACUUAUAUAAGUACAAAUAUGAGAAUAAUCGUCCAUUCAUACAAGCCAAAGAUCCAUCUCCUUGGGACACAAAUGCUGUUGGUGCAACUGCUUAUGCCCUUCUUGUCUACCUGGCUCGAGAAGGCGUUACUGUAAUCCAGGAGAGGAUUGUAGAAUGGUUUCAGCUGAUGAGGAAGUUUGAUAGUGCCUUUGGCUCCACUGCUGACACCCUUGUUGCUCUACAAGCCUUGACAGAGUAUUCCUUCAGAGCUCGUCUGCGUGACAUCACUGAUAUGACCGUGAAGUUUGAGGCCUCUGCAUCCAACUUUUCUAAAUCUGUCACUCUGGGUCCAAAUGGACUCUCAAAGCUUCAGAUAUUUGAUUUGGAGAAUGUUUGGGGUCAAGUGAAUGUGAUUGGGAAGGGAGCUGGCCAAGCUGUAGUACAACUGGAUGUUACAUGGGGGGUUGACUGGCCAAAUGAGAUCCAAAAGCCCCUUGAGAAGGCGUUCGAUCUGCAAGUUUACACAGCUUAUUCUGGGAGGAAUUCUUCUCAUAUGCAUGUGAAAGCAUGCACCAGGUGGGUGGGCUCCUAUGCUGAGAACAGUGGAGUAGCUGUUGUACAAAUAGAUACUCCAACAGGCUACAAAAUCUUACAACCAGAUCUGAUAAAAUAUGUUGACUCUCAACUUGUGCCAAAGUUGAAAUGGGCUUAUGCAGCUGAUGAGGGAACAUCAUUUUACUUUUACUCUUAUAUUGAAAUCAUGUUUUGUUGGUUCCAGCUGAAUCGAACUGAAACAUGCUUCAAUUACACAAUCCAGAGGUGGUAUCCAGUGGCAAACAUGAGCCGAUAUUUGAGUGCAAGGGCAUAUGAACUUUAUGCUCCAGAGAGAUUCAAUCUCACAGUUGUGGAAAUGAUAGACUUGUAUUCAUUGCAUGUCUGUGCUGUUUGUGGAUCCUUCCAGUGUCCAUAUUGUCCAACAUACAGCUCAGCUCCUCGCCUAGUCGAACAUCAGCCAUGGCUGCUCAGUUGUGUCAUCCUUCUUGCCAUAGUCAACUUGCCGGCAGAUGAUGUCAACCCAAGUGAAAGAUGA